UGCUGGCCGUCCCUGUGUCCAUCAUCACCGGACUGAUCUUCGCCAUCCUCAGCUUCCAACACAUAUGUGGUUACAGUUUGACAGGACAACUAGGGGCUGUUAGUAGUGGCAGCUGCCUGCUGGGUGCUGCUGGCAUUCCAGGAGUGACAUCACAGUGAGGGGAAAUCCAGAAGCUUGGGUACAGCCACUCCCUGUCCCACUCCCCACACUGCCUCUUUGACCACUACAGCUACCACUACCCAGCUCCAGGAUCACUACCAGCCCUGCUCAGACCGCUCUUCUCGGACCCCUCUACUCUUCCAGGACCCGGGCCCUGCCUUGUACCUCUCUGCCCCCCUUCUCUGAUUAGCAUAUGACCGUAACCAUGGCUGACAUCAACAAUGGUUAUGAACAGAAGUUUCAGGCAGAUGGACAUCAUAAAGAGAUUGACCUGAUCAACAGAGACCCCAAGCAAGUCAACGAGGAUGUGGUGAAGGUGGACUUUGAGGAUGUGAUCGCUGAGCCUGACGGGACUCACAGUCUGGACGGGGUGUGGAAGGCCAGUUACACCACCUUCACUGUGUCUAAGUACUGGUGCUACCGCAUCCUAUCGGCCAUUUUGGGGAUCCCAGUGGCUCUGCUGUGGGGCUUCCUAUUCGCUUGCCUCUCCUUUUGCCACAUCUGGGUCGUGGUGCCUUGCAUUAAAAGCUGUCUGAUCGAGUCCCAGUGUCUGAGCCGUAUCUACUCCCUGGCCAUCCACACCUUCUGUGACCCCCUGUUCGAAGUCCUGGGGAAGAUAUUCUCAAGUGUUCGGGUGGUGCUACGGAAGGAGGUGUAGGAUUCAGAAGCAUGGGAAUGGGACAGGGAGGUAGUGGUUAGGCUACUCUCCACCCAUUUUUACCUUUAUAUUUUAGUAAUUUAGCAGAUGCUCUUAUCUAGAGCGACUUACAGUUAGUGCAUUCAUCUUAAGAUAGCUAGGUGAGACAACCACAUAUCACAGUCAUAGUAAAUUUUUGUGGUGCCAGAACGGAGUGCUCUGCAGUAUGCCACGUCAGUAGGCUACUUCCCUGGCCUCCUGUCUGGCUGCUGCCACUGGGUAUGGGUCUGACCCAUCUUCCAAACAGAGUUUGUGAUAGAUAGAGAUGGUUGUGUUCAAUCAGAAGACAAGAAGAAAAGUGCUCACAUCUGGUUGCCAUAGAUGGGGGUCAUCCAUGGUCUAUUCAACAUGGUACACGACAAACAACACUCAUCCAUGCUUGAUUGAUUUGAUACUUAAGCCUAUUCCAUGUUCUAUUCCAUGGUCAUUUUUCAGGCGUUGAUGCUACAAUAAAUUACUUAUUUAUUGUUCCAGUUAGAUGUGAUGUCUGUCUUUAGCGCUCGUUGUGAUAUAGAAUCUGCCUACAGUACUGUAUGUAACUGAUAUGGAAAAAAUUCAGUGAAAGAAUUCCCGGUAUGCUCAGGCAAGGGUGAGGCCAGACGGAUCUACACAAACAUGUCUCAGUGCCAGUGGUGAAGGUUAUAUCUGAUGUACAGUAUCUAUGUGUGUGUGAUAUGGAAAUGCAAUAUAUAGGAAUUCACAGCAUAUUUAUCCAAGUCAGAGAAGAAUCUGAUGAACUAGAGAUUACCUGUAUAUAGAUGUCAAGUUUGGUCUCAUUCAUCCCAAUUAAAGUAUCAACAAAG